AUGGAAGCCCACAAUUUAAUAGUUUCCACCAUCUUUUGGAUUUUCAGGACAUACGGUUACAAUAUGUCUUCUGAUGUGUUCAAGAGAUUUCAACGGAAAGAUGGUACCUUCAAGGAGUGUCUUGUCGUGGAUGCCAAAGGAAUGUUAAGCUUAUACGAAGCCGCACAUUUGGAGACACAGACAGAGAAGAUCUUGGAGGAAGCAUUGAGAUUCACACCUGGCCAGUUGGUGUUGUUAGCUGAAGGAGGGAAUCUGUCACCUCAUAUCUCGAGGCUUAUAAAAAUAUCUCUUUACAUUCCUCAGCGUUAUAAUAACAAAACGAUAUUCGCAAAGAGAUACAUUUCGUUUUACGAGCAAGAAGAAGAUCAUGACAAGAUGUUACUCCAGUUUUCGAAGCUAAACUUCAGAUUCUUACAGCUGCAUUGGAUUCAAUAGGUGGAAACGCUUACCAAGUGGUGGAAGGAGCAAGACCUUGCAGCUAAGCUCCCACCUUACUUCAGAGACAGAAUGGUAGAAUGUUAUUUUUUCACAUUUGAGGUCCAGCCACAGUUUUCACAUGAGAGAGUUUUAGCGGCUAAGUUUUUCAUGCUCUACACCAUUGUUGAUGAAACAUGCGAUAGAUUUGCAUUUUUUCCUGAAACCAAAAUUCUUGUCGAGUGCAUGGAGAGAUUGGUUCCAGAUUCGGUGGACAGUCUACCAGAUUAUAUGAAACCCAUCUUCAAGUUUACACUCAAUGUUUUCGAAGAGCCAGAACUCGUUCGAGCUAUAGCUAGAAAUACCCGUCUGUUGAAUGACAUGACCGGCUGUGAGGAUGACAUGAAUAGAGGGGAUGAAGCCAAUGUUAAUGAAGAGUUCUUGAAGAUAGCGAAAAAAAUGCCAAUUCAUAUCCUCCAUCGAGCCAUUAAUUGCGGAAGUAUGUCGAUUAUAACCUAUAGGGAUGGUGAUGGAUACACCAAUCCCAUUGGAAGAUUUAAGCACCAUAUGACCUCCUUGUUCGUAGAUUUGAUGCCCCUUUGA